GAGCACACCUCACGCCGGCAUGAAUGCUUCUUUCCAAACGAUCGAUUUUCUACCACGGGAUAGGUUCUUACUGGAAAAAGGUGGAGACUGAUCGCAUUCGGAAAGUAACCGCCCGGCGUGAAAGUAUGGACGCGGAAAUAAGUGUAGUGACUAGCGGCAGUUGCUCUAAUAGCGACGGCAACGGAUCACAACAGCAGGACGACGAUGACCGGAAGAUCAUCCUGGAGAUUGGCUCGAGCUCGGCAAAUUCAUUUUAUGCUAAUCAACGAGCACCUAUUCGAUGGCCUCAAUUGGACGUUGCGCCACCAGCUUACAACCCUGUGUACCCGGAGUUAAAGGAGCAUAAAAUAGUGAGGGUGCCGAAUUUGUCUUGGAAGGAGCGAGCACUGCAAAUGGAAAGAGAUUUAUCGCCAGAUUAUAAAAAGUCAGCCUGCGAUAGGGAACGAACAAGAAUGCGAGACAUGAAUAAAGCGUUUGACAUGCUACGCUCCAAGCUACCUGUAUCGAAGCCAUCCGGAAAAAAAUAUUCAAAGAUCGAAUGUCUGAGGAUCGCCAUCAGCUAUAUUCGUCAUUUACAAGCAAUGCUCGAUUAUCCCCCACAAUACACGUACGGGGAAAGUGUUGUGCACCAAUCAGGCGGUUAUAUUGAACCCAAUCCCCCGCCCACUUGGCCCAUUACUAUGUUACCUCAGCCACCUAUGAAUUGUUAUUAUUUACCUUAAGUGAUAUUGUGUUAGUUUGUUUCAAUAAAUUUGUUUGAAAUAUUG